AUGCCUAAACCAGGGUCACCUAUUUUUAAAUGCGCAAGGAGGCAUGAGGUUGUUUAUGGUGAUGUGUAUAUGCUAGACAAUGAAGCUAAAUGGAAGCAGCUGUCUCCAAUGCCAAAGCCAGAUUCCCACAUAGAAUUUGCAUGGGUCGUUGUUAAUAACUCCAUAGUAAUUGUUGGUGGAACUACCGAGAAGCACCCUAUCACCAAAAAGAUGAUUCUUGUUGGUGAAGUCUUCCGGUUUGAUUUGGAAACAUUGAAAUGGUCAGUCAUUGGUCGUAUGCCUUUCCGGAUCAAGACAGCCCUAGCUGGUUACUGGGAUGGGUGGCUCUAUUUCACUUCUGGGCAGAGGGAUAGGGGACCUGAUAAUCCAACUCCUAAGAAAGUUGUUGGUUCUGUGUGGAGAACGAAACUGCACGUCUAA